CUCUUCCCCCGUUCUCUUUCAGGUCCGGUCAGUUCAGACGUGAUGCCAAAUGGAAACGGACUGGCGGAGGACUUUAAUGCUGCGGGGGACACUCCUAUAAUGGGCCCCUGCCUCCGACCGCCCCCACCCCCCAGAGCACAGCUCCCCCGUCAACUCCCAGACCCAAGAGCCCCUCCCCAGGUUUGGCAGAUUUUCCACCCAUGAUGCUUAGAGAAGUCUGAGGGGGAUAGUGCUGAGUUCACGGUUCACACGGGUGAUUCAUUGCCGUCGCUCAGACUCAGUAUGCCUAUGCAGGAGACAGAAUUGUCCAACGAGAGGCCUUCAUUAGAGAUGGAGAACGAGGAGAAGAUCCGCCUGGAUGCUCGCCGGCGUCUGGAGGAUCAACUCAAACAGUACAGAGUGCAGAGACAUAAGGAGAGGUCUCACCGCACCGCCACCAAGAGCAGGCUGUUCAGCACCCUGGAUCCAGAGCUCAUGCUGCACCCUGAGGAUCUGCCCAGGGCCAACACUUCCUCCAUGACCACAGAGUAUUCCUUCAUGAGGACCACUGUACCCCGCGGGCCCAAACUGGGAAGCUUGGGAAUUCCCCCUGGCAGGGAGAAAAAGUCCAGAUCACCCCGAGUGAACAAGAUCCACUCCCUCGCCGACUACAAGUCUCCUGAGAAGGAUGGAGCAGGUGACGGUGGAGGUGGAGGAGGAAGUGGAGGAAGAACAGCAGACGGCACCAUGACCUCCCUGCAGUCCACCAUGAGCUCAGUGUCCACUCUCUCUGAGGUCACCGUGAUGUCAGAGGGCAGCGCCUGUGACACGGAGCCACAGCCCGGCGCCUCGCUCCAAAUUGGGGACAAUGUGUCUGAAAUUGACGGCAGUGAAUCGGGAAUAAGGCCGGGGAACGAUGGCAACGACAGCGACAGCUCGUCUUACAGCAGCGUGUCGACCAGAGGGCAGUUCAGGACGCUCUCUGCCGCAGUGGAGAGGCAGCGGGGGGGCUACACGGUGCAGGGGAGGGAGAUCGCUGCUGAAGCCAUGGGUCAGUUCCCCUCGCUGCAGGAGGUGCUGCAGGCGGCCAGCGACGAGCAGCACCUCCUGGAGCUGGAGCAGCAGCAGGGAGACGGAGCGGAGCCGCGCAGCCGCAGGGACAGCUUCUCCAGCAGUGUUUCUCUGGAGAGCUCAGUGAUGGGCCAUGAUGAGAUGCUGCAGGUGUUGAAGGAGAAGAUGAGGCUGGAGGGUCAGCUGGAGUCUUUGUCAUCUGAGGCCAAUCAGGCUCUCAAGGAGAAGACGGAGCUUCAGGCUCAGCUGGCUACGGUGAACGCUCAGCUGCAGGCGAAGAAGGCGGAGUCUCAGCUCAGCCAGGAGAAGCAGAGCACCCUGACUGCCGAGGUCCGCACGCUGAGGCAGAACUCAAGCCAGCUGGAGAGGGCCAUGGUGGAGCUCCAGGGAAGUCUGGAGGGCAAGAACGCCAGCCUGACGUCUCUCAGCAACGACCUGAAGGUGGCUGAAGACCAAUACAACCGGCUGAUGGGGAAGGUGGAGGAGAUGCAAAACACUGUGACCUCAAGAGACAACACAGUCCAUGAGUUGCGUCAGCAGAUGGGGGGUCUCCAGAGCCAGCUCCAGCAGGUGCAGCUGGAGCGCAGCACCAUGCAGAGCCGCAUGAAGACCUCCCAGGCAGAGAUAGACUCCCUCCAGCAGCUCAGACAGUGGUACCAGCAGCAGCUCGCCAUGGCCCAGGAGGCGAGAGUACGGCUGCAGAGCGAAAUGGCCAACAUGCAGGCCGGACAGAUGACUCAGAUUGGUGUGCUGGAACAUCUGAAGCUGGAGAAUGUGACUCUGUCCCACCAGCUCACUGAGACCCAACACCGCUCUAUUAAGGAUAAAGAGCGUAUUGCUGUUCAGCUGCAGAGCAUUGAGUCCGACAUGAUGAGCCAGGAAUCUGCUUAUAAGCAAAUCCAGGAUGCAAAGAACAUGGUGGAAGAUGAUUUGCAGCACAAACUGGAGGAGUUUGAGGAUGAGCGAGACCACUUAACUAAACUGGCCAACACCGCCAGCAGCCUGGAGAGGGAGCUGGAGCAGGCGAAGUUGAUCCUUUCCCAGAAGGACGUGCAGCUGCAUUCGCUCCAGAAAGAACAUCUGGAUCUGAUGCGCCAGCUGACCUGCACUCAGGAAGACCUGCAGACCAAAGAGCAGUCCAUCAACCAGCUGGAGGCUCGCUUCCUGGAGCUUGAGGCCCAGCUGGCCGAGCUGCAGACGGACGGCAGCGCCAAGGACGACAACAUCCAGUUCCUCCAGAACGAGAAGAUCGUCCUGGAGGUGGCGCUGCAGGCCGCCCGGGCCGAAAAGAGCCAACUGGACGAGGGGGCUGAGCGUCUGGGAGAGGAUGUUCUGGUGGCUUCAGACGUCUUGGAUCAACUCAGACAGGAAGUCCAGGUCAAAACCAGUCAGAUUGAAACUCUCCAACAACAAAAUGGUUCCCUGAAGAAACAAGCUCAGAAACUGAAGGAGCAGUGUCAACAACAGAAGGUGAUGGUGGAAGCCUACCGUCGGGACGCCAGCUCCAAAGAACAGUUGAUCAGCGAGCUGAAGUCGACCAAAAAGCGUCUGCUGUCGGAGGUGAAGGAGCUGAAGCAGGAGCUGCUGGGCGUUCAGGGAGAGAAGCAGCAGGCGGAGCUGGAGCAGGCGCGGCUGCAGAAGGAGGUGCUGAGGGUGGAGGAGCAGAUGAACAACAUGGACGCCCAUCUGACCGCCAUUCAGCAGGAGAGGGAUCAGCUGGAGACCCAGAUGCAGUCUCUGCAGUUUGACCGGAGCCAGCUAGCAGCCGUGACGGAGGAGAGUGAAGGGCUGCGGAAACAGGUGGAGCAGUUGGAGGGAGAAGCCAAAAAGGCCAUCUCGGAGCAGAAGGUGCGUGUGAAGCGUCUGGGGACGGAUCUGACCAGCGCUCAGAAGGAGAUGAAGGCCAAACACAAAGCGUACGAGAACGCUGUGAGCAUCCUGAGCCGCCGGCUGCAGGAGGCUCUGAUGGAGAAGGAGACCACCGAGGCAGAGCUGCUCAAACUCAAGGCCCAGGUGUCGGAGGGGGGGGACAGCCAGGCCUUCCAGGAGAAAAUCAAGGCUCUGCAGGCUGAGCUGAGGUCUGUGUCGCACAGCAAGACGAUGCUGGAGAAGGAGCUGCAGGAAGUGAUCAACCUCACCUCCACCGAGCUGGAGGAGUACCAGGAGAAGGUGAUGGAGCUCGAGGACGAGCUUCAAGAGGCCCGCUGCUUCAAGAAGAGGAUUCGGAAGUUGGAAGAUGCCAACAAGAAGCUGGCACUCGAGCUGGAGCAUGAGAAAGGGAAACUGGCGGGAUUGGCUCAGUCUCACAACACACUGCGGGAGCACUCCAACAUUUUGGAGUCUGCCUUAGCUAAGAGAGAGGCCGAUCUGGUCCAGCUCAACUUACAGGUUCAAGCUGUUCUGAAGCGUAAAGAGGAGGAGGACCAGCAGACGAAGCAGGUCGUACAAACUCUACAGCUCGCCUUGGAAAAAGAGAAGACCAAAGUCAAAGACCUGAAGGAACAGGUGGCAGCAGCAAAGGCGGAGGCGGCUCACAACAGACGGCACUACAGGGCGGCCGUGUUGGAGCUGUCAGAGAUCAAGAAGGACCUGCAGGCCAAAGAGGACCUGGUGAAAGCUCUGCAGAGGGAAUCCCACAAACUACAGUCUCAGGAUGAGCAGCAUUCUCAGGAGGUCUCCAGGUUCCAGGAGGAGCUUUCUGAAGCCCACUCCCAGCUGCAGAUCCUGCAGAAACAGCUGGACGAGGAGCUGUCCAAGCAGCCGCUCACCAACCAAGAG